CAAUCCCAGCUCAACCUCCAAGAUGCCACCCUCAUCACAAAACAUCCCACUAGCCAGCACCCUCGUGGCCCGUUUCUUACGGACCAACAACUACACGCAGACUCUAAAAGCUUUCCUGCAAGAAGCGGGGCUCCCGUCCGAUGCGGGAGAACAGCGCGGCAAAGACGAUACGAGCAACUGGACCAUCGAGAACGUACUCGAGGAGAAGAAAGCCUUCGACCAAAGCAAGAACUUUGAGCGAUACGGUGACAAUGACAAGGACAAAGAUGUCUGGAGCGUUCCAGCACCGACCAAGCCUAACAUCAUCCAAACGCCAACCAGUUCAAACCUAUUGGCAUGCUCCGUAGAGCAAUGGCAAAGGCCAGAUGCGCAAGCAGAGCCAUAUCUGAUCGCCACCGGCGCAGACAGGCACCUUCAUCUUUUCCAAACAUCUCCUGGCCAUGAGCUCGUCCAAUCAUUCACGGGCACAUCAGAAGCCCCGAUUCUAUCAUACAUCCCAAUCCAGAAAGGGAAAUACAUCCUCAUGACCAACAUGUCAGGCCAACUUCUUCUUCAAAAAGGCGCAGAAAUCAUCGACCGCCGCAAAGACCACGCCAAAUACGCCGUCAAGGUCAUCGCCUACGAGCAGAAGAACAACAACAGCAACGGAGCAGACGCCACUUCAACCUCUACGACAAUCUGGAUCGCAACCGCAGGCUGGGACUCCAAGAUCUUCCUCUACCGCAUGCAAAUCAACAACGAAGCCCCCACGCAAAUCGGCGACCCCAUCGCCUCCAUCCCAUUAUUCUCCAACCCUGAAUCCAUCCUCUUCACCACCCACAUCGACAACCCCCAGGAUCUAAUCCUCCUCGUCUCCCGCCGCGACUCAAGCAAUCUUUACUACUAUCAUGUCAAACCGUCAGCAGACUCAACCACGGGAUACGAAUGCCCCCUAAUCGGCAAACAGAACCUCGCCCCGCACUCCAACGCCUGGGUCGCCUUCUCCCCCUCCUGCCUGGCCCUCAGCCCACAUGACCCAGGUCUCAUAGCCAUCGCAACUUCGACUCUUCCGCAUAUGAAGGUCAUGAUUGUGCGGUUACUGUUUCCCUCAGCAGAGAGCUUGGAGACCGGCUCGGCGGAGCAGGAACAGGAGCCAGCCACGCAGGCGGCGCAGGCGUUCGCUGCCCUGUCGCUUCAGAAUCGCGAGGACGCGGCUAUCUUGAUCCAGGCGAAUACGUUUGCGCCGCAGACGGCGUACUCGACGCCGCAGGUUGUGUGGAGGCCGGAUGGCUCGGGAGUGUGGGUUAAUGGGGAUGAUGGGGUUGUGAGAGGGGUGGAGGUGAAGACGGGGAGGGUGGUGACGUUGUUGAAGGAUGGGCAUGAGGUUGGGUGUAAGAUUAGGACGCUUUGGGCGGGGUGGGUUGAUGGGAAGGAUGAGGGUGAGAGGGAGGAGUGGUUGGUUAGUGGGGGGUUUGAUAAGAGGGCAUGGGAUCUUCUCUCGGCACGUAAAAUAAAUCCUUCAGCAAGCGCGCAUGGAAAAAUAAGCACGAAGCUGUACACACAUAUGCCUGUUUCUUCAUCAUCAACACCAACUUCACCCAUCAUCAAACUACGGUAUGAGAACCGCAACGUCAACAAAAAGCGAAUGAACCACCGGCCACGGGAGAUAAAUGAAGCCCAAGAAAAAGCAACACUAGAGAACCGUAUCCAUUUGCUUUAUGUGACAAAUCCGGUCUUGCGGGGUAAUAACAACCCAACGGGACAUGAAACCCUCAUCCAUGUGUUUUGUCUCUUGACUGGCGCUUUGCGUUGCUGUCGUUGUCGGUCGCACAUAGUAAACACAGGAAAUGAGAUAAGAGCAAAUCAACCAACUCAAAUCGCUUUCAUUUCUUUUAAAACGUUUCUAUAUUAGUUGGAAGUAAUUUAUGCGAUCUCGCGCUUGCCCUCCUUGCGCUCCUUCUGUUCGGGUUGUUAGUGUCGAUUCUUCUUCUCGGCUUCGCCCAACAACUGAUGAAAUUCUUGUUGGAUCGGCCAUAGGGAAAAAGACGUACCAGAGCCUUGGCGGUUCCGUGAAGGGCGUGUCUGUGGUUGCGGCGGAACUUGGGGUCGACACCCUUGAGGGAGGGGUAACGGUGGGUCUUGGGCUUCUUGAUACUGUUGAGUUGAAAAAAGAAGGCGAUGGUCAGUGUU